AUGGCUUCGGUGAUAAAAAAUCUCGUAAGUCAACUUCGGCCAGCCUUCUCAGGAACACGAAGAUCCAUCCACGCCCCAGCCACCGAAUUCCUCCAAUCCUACAACGUAGACUGGACAGAAUCCCAACAAACAGUGCGCUCAGCAAUCUCCAAAAUCGCAUCAAAAUACGACGACGAAUACUGGAAAGAUCUGGACAUCAACCACAAAUUCUCUUUAGACCUCCACAGCGACCUGGCGCGGAACGGAUGGCUAGGAAUCUGCAUGCCGGAAGAGUACGGCGGCUCGGCAUUGGGAAUCUCAGAGGCAGCGGUAAUGAUGCAAACGCUUUCCGAAUCCGGAGGAGGUAUGGCGGCGGCGUCGUCGGUCCAUAUGAAUAUAUUCGGUCUGGAACCGGUGGUGAAGUUUGCGACCGAGGAGCAGAAGAAGAGGUGGUUAAUCCCACUGAUCGCGGGAGAGGAGAGGGCGUGUUUUGGCGUCACGGAACCGAACACGGGACUGGAUACGCUGAAGCUGCAAUCUCUCGCGAUCAAGAAUUCCGAGGGGAAGUUUUAUUCCGUGAGUGGAUCGAAGAUUUGGACGUCGACGGCGCAGACUGCGCAGAAGAUUUUGCUUCUGGUACGGACGACUCCGCUCGAGGAAGUUAAGAAGCCGACGCAAGGGCUUUCGCUGUUUUAUACGGAUUUGGAUCGUUCGGUGGUUCAGGUGACGGAGAUUGAAAAGAUGGGACGAGCUGCGGUGGAUAGUAAUGUGAUUUUCUUCGAAGACUGGCAGGUGCCGGCUGAAGAUCUGAUCGGUGAAGAGGGGGAAGGGUUCAAGUUGAUUAUGCACGGGAUGAAUGCCGAACGGAUCCUGAUCGGAGCAGAAGCGCUGGGUCUGGGAUUCGUGGCUCUUCGAAAGGCUGCUUUGUACGCCAAGGAUCGCGUAGUAUUUGGUCGUCCGAUAGGGAAGAACCAGGGGAUACAACAUCCUUUGGCCGAUUCGUGGAUGAAGGUUGAAGCUGCCAGAUUGAUGGUCUACCAAGCGGCGCGGAUGUAUGAUGCUGGACAUAGUACUGGGGAAUAUGCCAAUGCAUGCAAGUAUUUGGCAGCCGAUGCUUCAUACGAAGCUGCAGAGAGAGCGGUCUUGACACAUGGAGGAAUGGGAUAUGCUAAGGAGUAUCAUGUCGAAAGGUACUUUAGAGAGGCAAUGCUACCCAGACUAGCACCUGUCAGCAGGGAGAUGAUACUGAAUUACAUCGGCGAAAGAGUGCUGGGUCUGCCCAGGUCGUAUUAA